AUGUCUGGAGAGGUCAUAGUGGACGCACUACCGUACAUUGAUCAAGGAUACGAUGAUCCGGGUGUCAGGGAAGCGGCCCUGGCCAUGGUUGAAGAGGAAUGUCGUAGAUACAGACCCACGAAAAACUAUCUAGAAAAUGCUGGUCCCGAGCCCAGCACAGCCUUUGAGACAGCAGCUCUACAAAGAGAAAUGGAGCGGGUACAACAACGACUGCCGAUGGAACCGCUAUCAAUGAAGAGGUACGAGCUCCCCCCACCUCCUGUUGGUCGUCUCGGUGAGCCCGCAGCAUGGGCGGAGGCAGUCGAUAACUCCCACGCCCAACUCUCCCACCAAGCGACACGAGUCUUGAACCUGGAACUACAACUACAGUACAGCACCGAGGCAUGGCGGUCAUAUUUACAUGUCCUUCAAGCAUUAGUCGUUAGAUCACAAAAUGUUCAUGCACAAUUAAGGAAACAAAUAGCAGCAGUGAACUGGGAGCGUAAACGAUCACAGACGGCCAGCGGUGCAAGACUGAGGGCGCUCCGCAGACGAUGGGCACAGCUUGUCGCUGACAACUACAGGCUUGAACGAGCCCUGCUGCAGUUACAGCAACAAAGAGAGAAGGCCAAAGGACAAACUACAGCAGAUGACGAAACUCCUGAUAUGGAUAUGGAAGCUGUUAAGAAUCUACCCGACAAGCUCAACUCUGAGACUGAAAAGGAAGUACAGAAGAAAAUUGAAGACAUGUUUGCUGAUUAA